AUGAAGAACCAAAUACUAACGGUCUAUCCUAGUCCCCCUCCUAUUCGAGCAUGUAUCUUCGAUAUGGAUGGACUCCUCAUAGAUUCCGAGGACAAGUACACGAGAGGUACUAAUGAAAUUCUGGCCAAGUAUGGGAAGGGACCUAUUCCAUGGGAUGUCAAGGCAAAACUUCAAGGUCGACCUGGAACUGCCGCUAUGGAUAUCUUUCUGAAGUGGGCCCAGCUUCCUAUAACAGCAGAAGAAUACACAGCCGAACAAAAUGACCUCCACACCAAAUACUUUCCUACCACAGCACCGCUCGCAGGAGUCGAGACGCUCUUCCAGCAACUCUCGGUUGCUCGUACAGCUCAAGAAGGCCAUCCUGUCGCCAUAGCUCUAGCCACCUCAUCUCAUCUACCCAAGUUUCGGCUCAAAACUUCUCACCUAGAGCCUCUAUUUUCAAUCUUUCCACCGGAGCAACGAAUUCUCGGCGACGAUCCACGCAUUCCGUCAGGUCGUGGCAAACCGGCACCGGAUAUCUAUCUUCUAGCACUCUCCGCGAUAAACGAUUCUCUCCAUGCUUCUAUCCCGCCAAUUCAGCCUCACGAAUGCCUGGUUUUUGAAGACGCGGUGCCGGGUGUUGAGGCUGGAAGAAGAGCUGGAAUGCAGGUUGUGUGGGUACCGGCUUCCGGAUUAGCAGAGCUAUAUCAAGGAAGAGAGCAUGAGGUUUUGGCCGGGAAAACUGGUGAGGGUGACGAUUUACUGGGUCCUAAUGAAUUGGGAAGUGUUGGUGAUGGCUGGGCUGCUCAGAUGAAUAGUCUUGAGGAGUUUGACUGGGCCCGAUGGGGAGUUGAAUUUGCCAAUCGUGAGAACAAAUAA